AUGGGCGAGCAGAUGCUCAGCCCAGAGUACUACUACCUCGGAACGCAGCUGCCCAUCGACCGUUUCCUGAUGUUCUACUACGGUCAUCCCGGUUUCCAUAUCCAUAACAUGCUGGUUAUGUUGUCCGUGCAGAUCUUCAUCACGACGAUGGUCUACCUCGGAACGCUCAAGGGUCAACUGACGCUUUGCAAAUACACAUCGUCCGGCGCGUUCAUCGGCGUGGCGGGCUGCUACAACCGCAGCCCGGUGUUCCAGUGGAUUAAUAGGUGUAUCAUCUGUAUCUUCCUGGUGUUCCUGAUCGCAUACUUGCCUCUGUUCUUACAAGGUAUGAUCAUUUCAACGCAUUCUCAUUUUUGA